GCACAUUUGGUCGUCUCUCCACGUGUACCGGAGAAGAUGAAUGACGAUCCUUAAAAACACGCCGGAAGAGGUAUAGUGGAAAGUGUGAAAACCGAGUCACCAUUUUUUUUUCUUUUUCCAAAAUCUGGCAGAGACUGUCUGUGCCCAUGUCCACCAUGCCUCCUCAAUUCCCUCUGGAGAUCCGCUCAGCUCUCCGCUGGGCUUCCUCCACCGUCUCUUUCCUCCGUCCCGUCACCAUCGUCGCUCCUCCUUCCUUCCGUCACCGCACGUCGCUUUUUCCACCACCGAGAUGUUGUUUCUCUUCUUCCUCUGUUAAGCUCCCCACGAAACCGCCUCUUUGCACUGCCGACGAGCUUCAUUACGUCUCUGUUCCUAACAGCGAUUGGCGUCUCGCUCUCUGGCGUUACUUGCCUCCUCCUCAGGCUCCUACGAGGAAUCAUCCGUUGUUACUCUUGUCUGGAGUAGGAACUAAUGCCAUCGGUUACGAUUUAUCUCCUGGUUGCUCUUUUGCAAGACACAUGUCUACUCAGGGAUUUGAGACAUGGAUUCUCGAGGUUCGUGGAGCAGGGUUGAGUACACGAGUAUCUGAUCUCAAAGAUGUGGAGGAGUCUGCUCACCAAUUGUCUAAUCAGAUAGAAUCUACCGCUAGAGCUGCUGCAGGUAAAGAUGAUGAUACUUGUUCUGAUGAAAAGCAGGCUAGUGAUAUCGUGGACAGUGCACCAGCGUCGGAUGUUCCAGUUGUUGCUGGUGAAGCCACCACGGCUUGGGACGAGUCACAACUUGUGUCGAGAUUGACAUCAACUUUCAUGCGUUUGUCAGAAAGGCUGUCUGGCUUUCUCAGUGAAGGUCAGUCAGUGUUCAUGUCUGCUAAGUUAAUUGACAAAAUUGCAAUGCUUGUAGAUGAUACACAGCUGUACGAGCGCUUUAAUGACAUUAGAUCGAAGCUUUUGAGUCUGAUUGAGUCAAAGCAAAACUCAGGA